AUGCACACCGGUGAAAAACCAUUUGUUUACGAGACCUGUGUCAAAGAACCGUUUGUUUGCGAGACCUGUGGUUAUGCCCAUUCUGCCAAACGUAAUCUAAAAAGACACGAAAGAAUGCAUAUCGAUGAGAAAAACACACCUUUGUCUUCCACCUACAAAUAUGGUGACUUAGCUGAUGUAGCAGGUCUGCUGGAUAUAUCUAGAAUACACAGCGGUGAGAAACCAUUUGUUUGUGAGACCUGUGGUAAAGCCUUUUCUGACAAAGGUUAUCUACGUAGACAUACAAAAAUGCACACCGGUGUUAAACCAUAUGUUUGUGAGACCUGCGGUAAAGCCUUUUCUGCCAAAUGUCAUCUACAGGGACAUGAAAGGGUGCACACUGGAGAAAAACCAUUUGUUUGUGAGACCUGUGGUAAAGCCUUUUCUGUCAAAGGUAAUCUACAGAUACAUGAAAGGGUGCACACUGGAGAAAAACCAUUUGUUUGUGAGACCUGUGGUAAAGCCUUUCCUGUCAAAGGCAGUCUACAUGUACAUGAAAGGGUGCAUACUGGAGAAAAACCAUUUGUUUGUGAAAUCUGUGGUAAAGCCUUUUCUAACCGGAAUGAACUCACUAGACAUGAAAGAAUGCACACCGGUGAAAAACCAUUUAUUUGUGAGACCUGCGGUAAAGCCUUUUCGUUCAGUUGUAGUCUAAGUAGACAUGAACGAAUUCACACUAAUGAGAAACCAUUUGUUUGUGAGACUUGCGGUAAAGCCUUUUCUAACACAGGUAGUCGAAACAGGCAUGUAAAAAUGCACAUCUGUAAACCAUUGUUUGUGUGACCUGCAUGUGGUAAAGCCUUUCUUCAGAAAUGUACUCUAAAAAUACAUGAAAGAAGACACACCGGUGAAAAACCAUUUGUUUG